GCCCCGCCCCUCCCCCGACCGCCCGCCUAGCAUGGUGCGGCUGCCGCGCGCGCCGACAUGGGCGACAAGCUGGAGCUGAGGCUCAAGUCACCCGUCGGGGCCGAGCCCGCCGUCUACCCGUGGCCGCUGCCGGUCUACGACAAGCACCACGAUGCUGCUCAUGAGAUCAUCGAGACCAUCCGGUGGGUCUGCGAGGAGAUCCCAGACCUCAAGCUCGCUAUGGAGAACUACGUACUCAUCGACUACGACACCAAAAGCUUUGAGAGCAUGCAGAGGCUGUGUGACAAGUACAACCGUGCCAUCGACAGCAUUCACCAGCUGUGGAAGGGCACCACCCAGCCCAUGAAGCUCAACACGCGGCCGUCCAAUGGGCUGCUGCGGCACAUCCUGCAGCAGGUGUACAACCACUCGGUCACCGACCCCGAAAAGCUCAACAACUACGAGCCCUUCUCCCCGGAAGUGUACGGCGAAACCUCCUUUGACCUGGUGGCCCAGAUGAUUGACGAGAUCAAGAUGAGUGAGGAUGACCUGUUCGUGGACUUGGGCAGCGGUGUGGGCCAGGUUGUGCUACAGGUCGCCGCGGCCACCAACUGUAAGCAUCACUACGGCGUGGAGAAAGCGGACAUCCCGGCCAAGUACGCGGAGACCAUGGACCGAGAGUUCAGGAAGUGGAUGAAAUGGUAUGGAAAGAAGCAUGCAGAAUACACACUGGAAAGAGGCGAUUUUCUCUCAGAAGAGUGGAGGGAGCGCAUUGCCAACACGAGUGUCAUCUUUGUGAAUAACUUUGCCUUUGGUCCCGAGGUGGACCACCAGCUGAAGGAGCGCUUCGCCAACAUGAAGGAAGGUGGCAGGAUCGUGUCCUCAAAGCCCUUCGCGCCUUUGAACUUCAGGAUCAACAGCAGGAACCUGAGUGACAUCGGCACUAUCAUGCGCGUGGUGGAGUUGUCCCCCCUGAAGGGCUCCGUGUCGUGGACAGGGAAGCCAGUGUCGUACUACCUGCACACCAUCGACCGCACCAUACUUGAAAACUAUUUUUCUAGUUUGAAAAACCCAAAACUCAGGGAGGAACAGGAGGCCGCUCGGCGCCGACAGCAGCGGGACAGCAAGAGCAACGCUACCACCCCCACCAAGGCCCCCGAGGGGAAGGCGGCUGGCCCAGCGACGACAGCAACAACGACAGGGGCUACUGCAGCGGAGGCCCCUGCGGACUUUGGUGCUGAGGAUGAGAAGGCAGGGGUGACCACUGUCAAGAAGGCCUCUCCCUCCAAGGCCCGCAAGAAGAAGCUGAACAGGAAGGGCCGCAAGAUGGCCGGCCGGCGGCGUGGGCGCCCCAAAAAGCUGAGCGCCGUGGACCCCGAGCGCAAACCCCGCAAGAGCCGCGCCGUGUUGGAUGCCCUGCACACCCCGGCCGCACCUCCCACCGCCCCUCCCUCUCCCCAGGAGCCAUAUAGGUCCCCUCACAGCCCGUUCUACCAGCUACCUCCAGGUGCGCAGCGACUACCCCCAAACCCGCUGCUCACGGCGCCCACCCCUCCCGCGCUGCAGAAGCUGCUAGAGUCCUUCAGGGUCCAGUACCUGCAGUUCCUGGCCUACACCAAGACCCCGCAGUACAAGGCCAACCUGCAGCAGCUGCUGGACCAGGAGAAGGAGAAGAAGGCCCAGCUGCUGGGCACGGCCCGCCAACUCUUCAGCCACUGCCAGGCCCAGAAGGAAGAGAUCCGUAGGCUCUUCCAGCAGAAGCUGGACGAGCUGGGGGUGAAAGCCCUGACGUAUGAUGACCUGAUCCAAGCCCAGAAAGAGAUCUGCGCUCACAACCAGCAGCUGCGGGAGCAGUCGGAGCAGCUGGAGAGAGACAACAGCCAGCUCCGCAGCCAGAGCCUCCAGCUGCUGAAAGCCCGCUGCGAGGAGCUGCGGCUGGACUGGGCCACACUGUCACUGGAGAAGCUGCUGAAGGAGAAGCAGGCCCUCAAGAGUCAGAUCUCAGAGAAGCAGCGGCGCUGCCUGGAGCUGCAGAUCAGCAUCGUGGAGCUGGAGAAGAGCCAGCGGCAACAGGAGCUACUGCAACUCAAGUCGUGCGUGCUGCCCGACGACGCUCUCCCCCUGCACCUGCGGGCCAAGGGCCCGCUGGGCCGCGAGCUGGAGGCCGAGCCCAGCCGCCUGCAUCUGGAGCUCGACUGUGCCAAGCUCUCGCUGCCUCACCUGAGCAGCAUGAGCCCUGAGCUGUCCAUGAACGGCCAUGCGGCCAGUUACGAACCGUGUGGCGCCCCGAGCCGGCCUUCGUCCAAGCAGAACACGCCUCAGUACCUGUCCUCGCCUCUGGACCAGGAGGUGGUACCCUGCACCCCCGGCCUCAGCGGCCGGCCCCGGCUCGAAAAGCUGUCAGCGCUGGCCCUACCUGAGUGCACAAGGCUGUCCCCAGCCAGCGUGGUGCUGCGGAGGCACCCAGGCCAGGAGCACCCGGGGCCGGCCAGGGCUGCUGCCAGUGAGGCCGCUCCAAGGGUGGAACAUGCCAAGGAGAAUGGCCUCCCCUACCCCAGCCCCUGCCUGCCCAGCGGAACCAAGCUGAGCCCUCAGGACCCACGGCCGCCAUCGCCUGGGCCCAUGCCACUCCUGACUGAGAAGAGCAGUGAGAAGGGCGUGAAGGAGCGAGCCUACAGCAGCAGCGGGGACACCAUCACCAGCCUGCCCAUCAGCAUCCCACUGAGCACCGUGCAGCCCAACAAGCUGCCCGUCAGCAUCCCCCUGGCCAGCGUGGUGUUGCCCAGCCGCGCCGAGAAGGUGGGUAGGAGCACCCCCAGUCCCGUGUCGGCACUCGACAAGCAGAUUGGUGCUAAUACCCACAGCGCGGGGAGUAAAGGCCUGGGCCUGGCCCCGACAGGUUUUGCCUAUGCGGGCUCGGUGGCCAUCACAGGGCCCUUGGGCGGGAGCCCAGCCCCCCUGGUACCCGGAGGAGAGUCCGCUGCCUUCGACGAGUCCUGCAGCUCCAGCAGCCUCUUCGUGGCUGUGGGCUCCCGCAGUACCACCCCACAGCAUCCGCCCCUGCUCGGCCAGCCCCGCACCUCUGGUCCUGCCUCUCCCGCCCACCAGCUUGCUGCCAGUCCCCGGCUUGCUGGGGCUGCCCAGGGCACUGUCCCCGACCCCAGCAAGGGAGAACUCCCCUGUGACACCGGCUUCUCAGACCCCGAGAGCGAAGCCAAGAGGAGGAGCGUGUUCACCAUCUCGUCCGGCGCGGGCAGUGCCAAGCAGUCGCCCUCCAACAAGCACAGCCCCUUGACCUCCGGCUCCCGUGGGGACAGCGGCCAGGGCCACGGGCAGGACAGGCGCAAACGUGGCCGCAGGAAGCGCGCCUCAGCUGGGACCCCCAGCCUGGGGGUGUCCCCCAAGCGCCGGGCACUGCCAUCCGUCGUGGGGCUCUUCACCCCGUCCUCAGGGUCCCCCCUCAACCUCAGCUCCAUGGUCAGCAACAUCAACCAGCCCUUGGAGAUCACGGCCAUCUCGUCCCCCGAGAAUUCCCUAAAGAGCUCCCCGACCCCCUACCAGGACCACGACCAGCCCCCCGUGCUCAAGAAGGAGCGGCCCCUGGGCCCCCCCAAUGGAGCCCACUACUCCCCGUUGACAUCGGACGAGGAGCCGGGCUCCGAGGAUGAACCUGGGAGUGCUCGAAUUGAGAGGAAGAUUGCGACAAUCUCCUUAGAUAGCAAAUCUCCCCCGAAAAGCUUGGAGAAUGGUGGUGGUCUGGCGGGGAGGAAGCUGGCUCCCGCCAGCGAGCCGGUCAACAGCAGCAAGUGGAAAUCCACCUUCUCGCCCAUCUCCGAUGUGAGCCUGACCAAGUCGGCCGACAGCCCACUGCAGGCCAGCUCUGCCUCAAGCCAGGCCUCCCUGUUUGCCUUCCGCCCGGCCCUGGAUGAGCCAGGGGCCGCUGAGCCCAAGUUGGCUGCCCACCCAAGGAAGAGCUUCGCCAGCUCCUUGGCAGGGGCCGACGGACACAGCCCAGGGGCCCACCCUUCCAACAGCUUCGCACUGGGCCCGGGCCUGGCCUCGGAGCUCGGCCUGCAUGGUUUCAGCGAUGGUGCUUCCCUUGCCCACAAGGUCCCCUCGGAGGCCAAUCCUUUCUUCACCAAGAGGCAGCUGGAAGGCCUGGGCGGCCUCAAGGGCGAGGGCGGCCCGGCCAAGGAGCCGGGCGAGCCGGGCCUGUCCCUGUGCGGGCCCAUGGACAAGGCCGGCCCCCCCCACGGCAGCAGGGCCAGCAAGGGGCGGGACCGCGACCACGACGGCAAGAACGGCCACAACCUCUUCAUCUCGGCAGCGGCGGCGCCCCCCGGUGGCCUCCUCGGCGGCCCUGGCCUCGUGACGGCAGCUCCGGCAGCAGGCAGCUCGGCACCCGGCGGCCAGGCGCACCGCCCCUUCCUGGGUACUUUUGGGCCUGGGCCACAGUUCAUGGGCCCCAUGUCCCUGCAGGCCAACCUGAGCUCGGUGGCCGGCUCGUCCGUGCUCCAGUCCUUGUUUGGCUCCGUGCCGGCCGCCGCGGGCCUGGUGCACGUGUCCUCCGCUGCGGCCAGACUGACCAACUCCCACACUAUGGGCAGCUUCUCCGGGGUGGCAGGCGGAACCGUCGGAGGUGUCUUUAACCACGCGGUGCCUCCCGCCUCUGCUCAUCUGUUUGGAGCCAGUGUCGGCAGUGGGGCUGUGUGUGGCAGCGCCCCGCUGGGCCUGAGCCCGCUGCAGGCCUCCUCCUUGCAGGCCGAGAUUCGGCCUCCCCCUCCGCCAGCCCCGCCCCUGGCCCCCGCCCCGCCGCCCCCUAACGUGGCCUUGCCUCCCGCCCCGACGCUGCUGACCGCUAACCUGGACCCCGUGCUGCUGCAGAGCCUCACGCCCGUCCCUGUAAACAUUAACCACGUCUUCCUAGCUCCUGCCUCCGCUGCUUCUCUGUCUCCCACUAACCCCUCUCUCUCUGUCAAGCUCACCCCACUCUCGCACAAGGUCUCCCACCCGCCCUUCUCGGUGCACCCGCAGCCCCUGCCCCGGCUGGCCUUGGCACAGACCGUGCCCGGCAUCCCGCAGGCCAGCUCCACGGGCGCGCCCGCUGUGUGGGUUUCUCUUGGCAUGCCGCCUCCUUAUGCCGCGCACCUUUCGGGGCGUAAGCCGCGCUAAAGAGCUUGCUUAGCUAGCACUUCCUAGGUUGUAAGGUAAGGCUGGAGCCAGCCCAGGUGCCCCUCGACACUCCCCGGCUCCCUGUACAAGGAGGGCCGGCGUGCGGCGCGCCUGCUGCGCCAGGGCAACUAGCCGGGGGGAUCCCGGGGCCCCAAUGGGCAGCAGGCAGGUGCCAGGCUGCAUGGCAGCCAUGCUCCUGGGACACAGACUGCGGGCAGGAGGAAGCCCUUUGGCCCAUGAGGCUGUGGGCACCAGCAGCCCCUCACAGUGACCAAGGGUCGGGUGCAAGGGAGGCACAAACCACCAACAGCAUGGGCAGCUGGAGUGCCCCAGCAGGACCUGUGCUGUGGUUGGUGGUCACAUGAUGGUGGCCUUGGAGGAUGGCCCUGGCCCAGCCCACGCGUGGCGCUGCCUAGGUCUCGUCCUGGGUCUCCCUGGUGAGGGGACCUUUGUGGAUGAGUCCCCACCCAGCGGGGCAGGGUGUGUGGGAGCCAGGCUCCCAGGAUCGUGGCAGUUCUGGGUCAGUGCUGCCUCUGGGCUGCGCCUGCCAGGCCUAUUGGAGAAGCCAUGGAGGCUGGGUGGCUGCAGGUCCGCUGACCGCGCAGAACCCUCGGCAGGGAGCCGGCCAUGGAGCCUGGCGCUGCCCUGUCAGGGCCCACGUCCACACUCACAGGACACUGAGCAUCCGGGCCUGGGGCCCGGGCCCUCUGCCAAGCCACUCACGGCCUCUUCCCCUGCUGUGCCUACCUGCAGGUAACUAAGAGUUCUACCUCAACUGCGACCUAUGCAAGGAUGGUGUGGACCAACGCGCCCGGCGGCUCUACUGUGAACGGCACCGGCUGCAGUGGCACCGGUGGCCCAGCGUGUACUGUCGAUCGUUCCUAACGUGCAUCCACACCCCGAGGGACCGGGUCCCACUGAGCACGCCCCGGAUGUGCGGGAAGGCCGGCAGCCCACCCGGUGCUAUUGCCACGGCUGCCCCGCCCCCUUGUCCCCCAAAGCUGUCCCACCCGCCCGCUCCUCCCGAACCAAAGGCUCCCCCUCCUGGGGAGGGGCUGCUGGCCACCCCGGCCCCCUCCCCUGGCGGGCAGAGUCCCUGGGUGCCUAGGUGGGCCGGGCACCCAGCUUGACCGUGGUGGCGUGGCCGGCCUGUGUACAAGUGCAUUACUUGCGGUUCUCGCUUCCCGGGCGGGGGGGCGGGGGUGCCGCGAGGUCCCCAGUUGGAGGAGAGAGUCACUGCAGGUGACAGUAUUUUAUAGAGAUGGGAUGAGAGUUUAUACAUUUCAUAGGCUUGACCGCAUUUAUUUUUAGAUUGUAUAAUGCACAGUGAACUUUAAAGAAAGUGUAAAGAUGUAAAGAA